AUGCAAAUGUAAAACUAGGCAAGAUUUGCAAAAAUCUUAUUAGGGGUUGGCGCCUCUUUGUAUUUAACAAAAAGUUACUUUAAUGGAGGUAAAUGCACAGUUCAUAGAGAUUUGUAAGGUCAAACUGUGUUGAUUACAGGAGGUAACAGGGGAAUAGGAAAAGAAACAGCUUUGGAUUUAGCAAAAAGAGGAGCAAGAGUUGUCAUCGCAAGCAGAAGCUAUGAUACUCUAGAUGUAGUAAAAGAAAUAGUUAAAAAAUCGGGAAAUUCAAAAGUUGAAUUUGUUUAAUUAGAUUUAAAUGACUUGUAAAGUAUCCGCAACUUUGCAGAAAAAUUUAAUUGUGAAAACCACAGAUUAGAUAUUUUAAUUAAUAAUGCAGGAGUAUACAAUACAAGAUUUUCAAAAACAAAAGAAGGAUUUGAGUCUAACUUUGGCAUUAAUCAUUUGGGUCAUUUCUUAUUAACAAAUCUUCUACUCUAAAAAAUAGUUAAUACUCCUUAAUCUAGGAUAGUUAUAGUUUCUUCUCGUGCUCACACUCGUUCAAAAACUAUAGAUUUUGACUCUUUAAAUCAGCCUACUAAUAGUUUAAUUUAAGAAUUAGAGCUUUAUCCUUAGUCCAAAUUAGCUAAUUGCUUAUUUGCAACUGAAUUAGUAGAUAAACUAAAGGGCACUGAUACUAAGGUAGUUAGCUUGCAUCCUGGAGUGAUUAAAUCAGGAAUAUACUAACAUAAUUUUAGCUAACUUCCUUUUGGCAGAUUAAUAGGUUUGUUGCUUUACCCCAUUUCUUUACUAUGCUUUAAGAGUGAAUAUUAUGGUGCUUAAACUACUUUGACAUGCUGCUAUGAAGACUUUAAUAAAUUAGUUAAUGGAGGUUAUUACAAAGAUAAUUAACUCUAUAAAUAAUCCCCAGUAUCAUAAGAUAAAGAGUUGGCUAAUAAGUUAUGGGACUAUUCUCUUAAAGCAGUCAAGUUGGAGAAUUUUAAAUUAUAUUGA